CACAGUGCGGUUUGGCUGGGCAUGUUGUCUUUGAUUUUAUUCCAUGGAAUAACGUCAGUUGUCCAUGAACGCGUUUACUUGACUAGCCCUAUAGUAUUUCAUCAUUGGUCACCUUAUUCUUCUUUCCUUUCUCGCCACUUUCUUUUCCUCAAUUGGUUGUUGAUAAACAAACCCAACCCAGGUGCCUGUAUGAAGUGUAUGUAGAAAGAAGGCAGGGACUCCCUUAGGGUCAAUUCAAACUCGGAUUCAGGAGCCGACCAUGAGUCUCUGGCCUGCCCUGAUAGGGCUCCUCUUCGUCCUGAUCCCGCCCCUUGAAGCCGGCUUAAGUCUGUCCAUUCCACCUUGGGAGGUGGCCCAGCUCUUGGGUUCGAGUCGCGAGUUGAGUUUGGUGCGCCAUGGGCGUUUCCAUUGGUCGGCUAUCAGGUUCACCAUCCAAUUGGCCGAGAAUAAGGAUAAAUUGUUCUUGGCUUGGCAGGCCUCGGAUCAGAUCGAAUAUGCCAUCAAGAUCACGACUAGCGAUCCCGUGGCCUUGCCCCAGCCUCAUUUGAACAUAUCUCAUCGAGGCCUCGUACCUACCCGGCCUUCGACAUGGCGGGUCAGCUUACCUUGUAGUCAUCGUAAAAGCGCCCUGAUCACGCUCAACCUGGAAAUCGGCCUGAGUGGAUCCAGUUUGGAAAGUGGAGCUCAAACUAUUGUCCUGACCCGCACCAAACAAUGUCAACGAUCGAGCCCGGGAUCUCAAGGGGAAGUUUUUUCGCAAAUGAUCGAACCGGAUCGGACACCGCCUCAUAUUGUGUUUGCGAGUGUGGUGUUGGCCGCCCUUUUGCUGGCCUUGAUGUUGGCCUUGAUCAUUGUGGGGCUUCAUAUUCGGGCGGGGCGGUAUAUCAAGGCUCGUCAAGGGAAAUCAUUGGCUUUGCACGACAUGGCCCUUAAUCAGUAUCAGCCUGUGGGUCAGGGUGAGGAGCCAUUAUCUCAUCAUCCCCCAGUUCAUCAUCUCCUCCCAGGCCCAAUCCCAAAUCCGAAUUCUCAAAUGAUGUCGGCUCACUUAGAUCGACCCCCGUCACAAAUGUCAUAUCCGCAUGGCUCGCAUGCCGUUCCACCUCCCGUCUUAUUGAGUGGGGUGGGCGGUUCCAUGGAUCUGAUGUCGGAUGCGGAAUCUCGUGUCACUGAAUGGGUCAACUCUCAACAGAGAAGGAGCAUGCCCCAUCAGAGUUUACCGCCUUUCGAGGAAAUGUAUGAUCCCAAGGAACCCGAAGAAGUCAUGGCCAUGCUGGAGAUUGACCGGCUUCGAUUGCGAUUAGGUCAAUUGCUUCAGGAGGGCACUUUCGGGCGAGUGUAUCAGGGAACCUUAUUAACGGCCGAUGCGGAACCGGAGAUCGAUGUGGUGGUCAAAACCGUAGUUGCGGGCUCUUCAGCGUCUCAAUGCGCGCUCUUGAUCAAAGAGGGUGUGGCUUUACAAGGGAUUGCGAAUAAUCACGUCCACACCCUAAUUGCCACCACAUUCGAUGGCACGUCACCGAUGCUGGUCUACCCUUAUCUAUGUCAUGGGAAUCUCAAGAAAUUUCUCAAUAGUAACAACCAAACCGGCCUUUCCACUCAUCAAGUCGUAAGUUUAGGACUUCAGAUGCUUCGAGCCGUUCAACAUCUUCAUAAGCGCAAGAUCAUUCACAAAGACAUUGCCACCCGAAAUUGCGUAUUGGGCGAAAAUCUCAACCUUCGCUUGGGCGAUAGUGCUUUGAGUCGGGACCUUUUUCCAUCCGAUUAUCACUGCUUAGGAGACAAUGAGAAUCGACCGCUCAAGUGGAUGCCCAUUGAGGCUAUUGUUCAGAAAAAGUACUCCCGAGCUUCAGAUGCAUGGUCUUUUGGAGUAUUCAUGUGGGAGUUGAUGACCCGAGCGCAGCAGCCCUUCUCCGAUAUCGAUCCAUUCGAAAUGGAAUCCUAUUUAAUAGAAGGAUAUCGUCUUCAUCAACCGAUGAAUUGCCCUGAUCAGCUUUACUCAGCUUUAACCUCGUGUUGGUCUGGCAUUCCCGAGAAACGGGCCUCCGUUCACCAUUUGUAUUCGCAUUUACAGAGUCUUCAAACGCAACUCCAACAAUUUGUAUGAGUUAAUGUGCAUUUUCUCUUUUUUCCUAUGUCAGUGAAUGUUAGCUGAAAAUAGUAUAAAUAUAAUUGUCACAGCCAUA